GCUCAAUUUUAUAGUUUUAGAGCAAUAAAUCAUAAGAGAAAUGGUAGUUGGGAGGCGACGGUAUACUGUCUACUUUCUUGCUACCUUUCUAGCUCUGUUAAAAACAUCAUUGCUUCUAGCAAAUGGUGAAGCUGUUGAUUAUCCAUCAAUUGCGAAGCCUCCAGGCACUUGGAUUAACAACGUCUCAAACUACUCUAGUUGGGACUUGACACUGAAACCUAUUUUGGUCAAUGGGGAUUUUGUUUGUGGCUUCCACUGCAAAGUUGAAGAAAACAACACCUGCCUCUUUGCUAUCUCCAUCUUCAAUUUCACUUCCAUCUCUUACAUGGAUCCACAAAUCGUAUGGUCAGCUAAUCGAAACAAUCCAGUUGGACGUGGGGCACAAUUGCAACUUUCCGAACAAGGGGAUUUAACGCUGCAAAAUGUUGAUAGCACUCUGAUUUGGUCUACAAACACAACAGGUAAAUCUGUUUCGGGUUUGAAGUUAACUGAUCAGGGUAACCUUAUGCUGUUUGAUGGAAACAAUGAGAUGGUUUGGCAAUCUUUUGAUCAUCCAACAGACUCUUUAGUUCUCGGACAGAGACUAGUUUCUGGGCAGAAAUUGGUGGCAAAUGCUACCAUAGUGUAUUACAAAUCCAACAAGUCUCAAUUAAGUAGCCAAACGGGGCAGUUUUAUGCUGAGCUCACUAACACAAGUUUCGGCAUUGGUCUUUCUCCAAGAUCUGGAGUUCGUUUUAUACAAUUGGGCUCUGAUGGCCACUUAUGGUCUCGGAUUGGAGUAGUGGAAUGGCCAACGGAUGAUUUGUUUGAGAACCAAGUCCAUGAAUGUGAUUAUCCAUUGGCAUGCGGAAAUUAUGGAAUUUGUUCGGCACAAGGAUGCAGUUGCCCAACUUACUUCAAGCAGAUAAAGUCUUUUCAGUCCCAGUCUUUUCUGUCCCAGUCUUUUCUGUCCCAACCUUAUACAUGUUCUCCAUAUUUUCCAAUAUCAUGUGAGUUUCCUUACCAACACAGUCUUAUUGAGCUUAAGAAUGUUGAUUAUGUUCUCGGAGUUAAAUAUCACGUAACAGACACCGAGAGCUGCAAGCAAGCCUGUUUAAAGAAUUGUUCUUGCAACUAUGUUGUUUUCCAACCUAAUAGUAAUUCCUCAUCAUCUGGAAGGUGCAAAGUUCAAUUGUGAAGCCUCCUGUCUCUUACUCUAACAUCAUCUCAAACUCUAGUUGGGUAUCAAAAGAGCUGAUACUGGAACCCAUCUUUGUCAAUGGGAAUUUUGUUUGUGGCUUCCACUGCAAAUUAAAAGAAGACAACACCU